AUGGAAGAGAAUUUCGACGUGGUCAUCAUCGGGGCCGGGAUUUCCGGUCUCAACGCUGCAUACCGCCUUCAGUCUCAGUUCCCAACACUUCGAUAUACCAUCCUAGAGGCUCGCGAUAAUCUCGGUGGUACCUGGGAUCUCUUUAAAUACCCCGGUAUUCGCUCUGAUUCGGACCUGUUUACAUUUGGCUUUGCCUGGCACCCAUGGGAAUCGAAUAAUCCGAUCGCUCACGGCCCCUCAAUUGUCAAGUACCUGGAUGGUGCUGCCGAGAAACAUGGAAUCAAGAGGCACAUCAAGUUUCAACACCGCAUGCUAGGCGCCGACUGGUCAUCACUCGACAACUCCUGGUCAGUUAGCGUCGAGCACGAGGGCAAUACGAAGUCUAUCUCUGCCCAGUUCCUAGUGUUUGGGACCGGAUACUACGACUACGAUACGCCUUUGCAGACCGAAAUCCCGGGCAUCGAACAGUUCCAAGGACAGGUCAUUCAUCCUCAGUUCUGGCCCGAGAAUCUUGACUAUUCCGAUAAGAAAGUCGUUAUUAUCGGUAGCGGUGCAACUGCAAUCACCCUGCUCCCCAACCUCGCAGAGAAGGCAAAGGAAGUCACAAUGCUCCAACGCAGCCCAACCUACAUCAUCUCUCUUCCAAACAGAGCAUCUUCCUUGUUAAGCUACAUCCUCCCCCGAUCCCUAAACAGCCGCCUUCAACGCGCCCGCCACCUCUACCUUACGCGUUUCUUCUUCCUCUUUUGUCAAGCCUUCCCAAACUUCUCCCGCUGGCUCCUCGGCCGCAGAACCACCAAGCAACUCCCAAGCCACAUCCCCUAUGAUCCGCACUUCAAGCCGCGCUACAACCCCUGGGACCAGCGCCUCUGCGUCUGCCCCGAUGGCGACUUCUUCAAGUCCCUCCAUACCGGCCGUGCACACAUCAAAACCGACACAAUCAGCCAAGUAACAACUUCCGGCAUUGAACUAAACUCUGGCUCCAGGCUCGACGCAGACAUCAUCGUCACGGCUACGGGCCUCCGCCUCCAACUCGGCGGCGGCACCUCGCUCACCAUCGACGGGGACCCCCUGUCCAUUCCCGACAAGUUCUCUUGGCACGGGAUGAUGCUUCAGGAUCUGCCCAAUGCCGCGUUCCUACUGGGCUACGUUAAUGCGUCUUGGACCCUUGGCGCUGAUGCUACAUCGCAGUUUGUUUGUCGUUUGCUUCAGACGAUGCGCGAUCGUGGGGUCAAGGCUGCUGUUCCGAGGUUGAAUCCGGUUACUGAUAAGGACUUGCAGCCUAGGAGGUUGUUGUCGUUAAGCUCUACGUAUGUGCUUAAGGCGCAGAAUAGUUUCCCGAAAUCGGCGGAUCGGGGCCCUUGGGUUCCAAGAGAUAACUACUUUGAUGAUAUGAAAUUUGCGAAGAAUGGGUCGCUCGAAGGGUUGGAGUUUCUCGGCGAGAAGAAGGGGCUGUAA